AUGAGUCCCUCAGAAAGGGAACGUCUCUUGUCCGCUGAGGUACCAUCGGCUCGCUUCUGCGGCCCAGAUCUACAGUUUGAGCAUUGUCAAUCGUUAGACGAACUCAAUGGGCGUCAGUCCACCUUUAGUCCACAGGCAUUACACCCUCCCACAAGAACAGAAGUUGAAUCCAGAUAUUCUGUGAGUCAGCAGUUAAAAGAUAUUAUGGAGACAAUUAUACCUACGGACAAUUCGAACAUGCUAAUGGAGCGUCACCGCAGAGAAGUGACAAGAUGCUGGAGUCGUGAACGAGUGGUUCGCAACGAAGUUAUCUUGUCAAUCCGGUGUCCAAAUGAUUCCGGUCUUGAUUAUGCAUAUAGCCGAAGUAAUAUUUAUUCAGGCACAUCGGCGCUGUACAAAUCAGCUACCUGCAUAAAUACCAAUUCGGACAGUUGGUUUGACCAGCUCGGACAGUCGACAAGAUCCGUGUCCACCAGAAGUUUAUGCCCCACUAUUGCGCUUAUCGGUAGGCCGGUACCAGUAUAUGUGAAUGGCAAAAGUGAGUCGAAUGCAACUUCCGAUAAGGGGACCGUUGCUUUUACAUGUUUGGAGCAGCCGUACAAACAGGACAAUCAGUUGUUGCUAGCAUCAUCACGUUUGACUCAAAGCCUUGAAGGAAAAGAAGAGUUAUCAGGGUGA